AUGGAUGACCUGAAUGGUAUGAGUUGGUCUACCAGCUCCUCCAAUGGACCCAAGAAGCCCCCGCCUAUGAGCUCUAGCAUCAUGUUUCCGAAUGUGAGGCCCAAUACUACCUCUAGCCGGACUACCCCCCUCUCAUCCACGUCUGCUCCAUCGAACCCGCCUCCCAAGUCCACGACACUGGAUAAGGACAGCUUUGCCAAUCUUGUCUCCUUUGCAUCGUCGAAUUCAAACAAGAGCCUUUCACUCCUAGAGCAGCAAAGGAGGUUACAGGAAGAAAAGGCCAGGAAGGAGGCGGAGAAUAGAUCCCGACUGGAAUCACAGUACGGAGGGCAGAACUCUCAAUUCUGGGACAAUUUGGAAAAGGGAGGGAGCAGACAACCGAUUGGAUUCGGUACCAUGUCCUCCGUGAAUGCACCCUCGCCUGAUGAAGAUGAUAUUCUUGCCGCUUUUGACGCUUCAGCUCCAGUGGAUGCAUCUACACACUUCCCCGUUCCCAGCCUAACCCCGUCGCCGCAGGUCGGUUCAAGCCCAUCACAGGCCCCCUCUAAUGGAGCAGCCUCAGCACCCCCCACUAGUGACAUGUCUUUCCUAGAUGAUGAUGACCUAUUUGGUCUUAACCAGUUGAAACCUAAGUCGGCACCGGCACUGCAGCCGGCCCAAACCAACGAAGAUGACGAUUUUCUUGGCUUGCUGGGCAAGCCUGUCUCUGAGAUCCCUAAGCCAGGGCUUCCGGUGAAACCAUCCACUCCACCCAUGCGCGAGAGUCCGCCUGCUAAGGCUUCAAACGGAGUCGAUCGGGCUGUUGCAGAGCUUGUCGACAUGGGAUUCCCUGCAGACAAAUCGGCCCAGGCGUUACAGAUGACAUCAUCUGGUACUGACGUACAAGCUGCUGUCGGGUUGCUCCUUUCACAGGCGCAUGAAGAAUCUCGGGAGAGACCUAAAAAUCGUCUUACAGCUGGCGACCUCUAUCCCGACCAUACAGGACGGAACAGAGAUUGGAGUGAGAGGUCGGAUCGCAACGUUCCGUCGUGGAUGCAGCAAGAACGUGCAUCUACGUCAAGAAACCGCAGCAGUAACAGGAGCCCCUUAUCCGCGGAUAAGGAUCCAGCGCAGGUUGCGUCGGUUUUUGGCAACAACUUAUUGAAGACUGCCAACUCUCUAUGGAAGUCUGGGAGCAAAAAGGUCCAGCAAGUUGUCAACGACUUCAAUACGGAGCAAGACUCCAGUCAACCAAAGUGGCUGAGAGAGGCUUCCAUGCGUGAGCGCGAGCAGUCGUUUUCUGGCGACCGCCACCAGGUCCCUGGCAAAGCUCAUCAGCAGCCUGCUGCUCUCACUGACGAAGCUUUACUCCUUGAAUCCGGAGGCGAUCUACGGUCAUCCCGCAAAUCUGAACGGUCGAAUGAUGCGCGACCUCCAUCUCGCACCGCCAGCGAUGGUUUCCGCAACCAGCCGUCGUCUGCAGGCGAUAGGCGAAUGCAGCCACCAGCUUUUAUGAGAGAACAAGCGAGAAGCGAGACAAGAGACCCCCGAUCCCGUGUGUCCAAGACCACCGUGGAACAGCAGUCCGUACAGGCAUAUGUCAGCCCUGCCCGGAGGAAACGGCCUGUCGCGCAAUCUCCAGCUCCAGAACCAAACGUUGAUCUGUUCGAAUCGUCCUCUCCAUCAUUCGCCGAUCAACGGCCGAAACCAUCGUCAUCGCCUGGCCAAUCUUCACGACCGUCGACUCCCUCGAAACCCUUGAAAUCCUUGCCUGUGCGACCAAAGGCUCCACCUCGGGUUGUUCCCCCCCUGUCACAAGAGGCUCUUUUAUCUACACACCGUCAUCGGGAGAAGGGCACAGAAUCAUACAAGAGGGGUGAUUAUGCCUCCGCCCACAACUCUUUUACAAAAGCACUCGGCAUGCUACCGGAAAAACACCCGAUUACCGUGAUUAUUCGCAGCAAUCGUGCAAUGACCGCUCUCAAAAUCGGUGAGCCGAAGGUAGCCAUCAGCGAUGCCGACACGAUCUUGGAAGUGAUCGGGCCAUCGAAAGGAGAAGCCGAGAGCAUUGAACUCGGCAACGGUGAACCAAACAAGCCCAUGCGGGACUUUUUCGGCAAGGCCCUAAUGCGCAGAGCAGAGGCCCUCGAGCAACUAGAACGAUGGGCCGACGCCGCGCAGUCGUGGAAACAGGCGGUGGAAAAUGGCCAUGGCGGUAGUACCAGUAUCCAGGGCCGCAAUCGAUGUGAGAAAGCCGCGGGUAUCAGUAAGCCCACGCCUAAACGCUCAGCAUCAUCACGGCGACCCCCUACCCCUGCCACCAAGAAGCCCUCUGCCCUGGAAGGUUUGCAAGGUGGAUCCUCCUCGUCCGGUAUGGACUCGACCGCGGUGAGCCGGCUACGUGCCGCCAACCAAGCAGCCGAGCUUGCGGACGAAGAAAAAUUUGCUUUAACAGAGUCCGUUAAUGCACACCUGGACGCGUGGAAGAAUGGUAAGCAGGACAACCUGCGAGCUCUUCUGGCCAGUCUGGACACGGUGUUGUGGCCCGAGGCCGGAUGGAAGAAGAUCAACAUGUCAGAAUUGAUCAUGCCCGGCAAGGUCAAGGUGCACUAUAUGAAGGGGAUUGCCAAGGUGCAUCCUGAUAAGAUUUCCACCGGUGCGACGACCGAACAGCGGAUGAUUGCCGGCGCUGUGUUUGGGGCUCUGAACGAGGCUUGGGACAAGUUCAAGCAAGAGAACAAUCUAUAG